CAUGUGAUUUGUAUAUAGAUAGCCAAAUUCUUUUCUUUCCUCUUCUUCUGCAUUUAUUGCUGACGUGAACUUAGCCCACAGACCGCCUCAUGCAGUUGGAUGUGUCGUGUCCCAAUCAGCGUCUACGAUAGGACACCAUCAGCGAUGAAGGCUGGCGUGAAUCAAUACCCCGGGUGGGUUGAAGGAUUCCUUCAUGUUCCCAGACCGAGCUUCGAAUCUUAGUCGCGAGACCGGCUCUCUUGCAGUGGAGUUGCCCGCCUGUUCGUGCCUGUUCGAAUUUUGUCGAAACGACACCAAUUUAAUGCCGUUAAUAACUCGUCUCCAUCUGUGUUCAUGCGGAGAAGCUUAGUCGCCAUGAAGAACGUACUACCCCGCGGGUUCGCCGAAGGGAAGCAUGUCUCACCAUCGGGUUGCUUGACAUAUGCUUAUUAGAGCCUGCCCAAGAUGGUUUACGAUUCUCAAGAGGCCCAGCACGUCGGGUAUGCCUGCGCGGCACUAUCGGUCGUCAUUCUACUUUCUCGGUUGAUCAUCUCUCGAUGGCGUCGCGAGCCUCUCGACUGGAGUUUAUUCCUUGUGGUGUUGUCGAUGGUGGUAAUCAUUGGUAGAAUUAUCACCAAUAACUUUUACCUGAAAUUCGGAACCGCGAACGACGUUCUACACCAUGCCCAAUCAACCGAUCACAGCGACACGAACCGCUUGAAAACUGGCAGUAUCUUAGUUCUCCUGGCUAGGGUACUUCUUACCGCCGCUCUCUGGCUUCAAAUUUGUCUACUACUCCUAUUUUACUCUCGAAUCACAGCCGGAAUAACCUGGGCAGACCGACUUACAAAGAUUUCAUGGGCCGCUGUAGUCCUCACCUUUAUUGCCAUCGUCUUGGCAACCUUCCUCGAGUGCCGUCCGAUUGAUCUGUACUGGCAGGUUGAUCCCGACCCGGGAUAUUGCGUACGCGCCUAUGUCCAACUACUUAUCCAAGGUGUCGCGAACAUUGUGAUCGACCUUUUACUCCUCUCCAUCGCUUACCCUCUAAUAUGUUUGAGGAAACGAAGCGUAUCCGAAUACGUUUCCCUGUAUAGUCUAUUCGCGCUAGGGACAUUCUGUAUCGUCAUCACAAUAAUUCGGCUGGUCCUCAUCUUCACCGAAAACUCUUCCCAAACCACGCGCAGUCUUUGGGCAUCAGUACAAAUGUUCGUUUCUACCUUCGUAGCGAAUGCGCCGACGAUAUAUGGGUCUCUAAGAGUUGUGCGACGGAAAAAGUGUUCUGGCCAGCAAAGUGCGCCAGGCCAUGCCGGAGGCGAAUUAGGACGACCGUCGCGCCCGGAAAGAGAUUCGUGGUUAAAGAUGGACGAAGAAAUUGCUCUUACGCCGACUGAACUAGAAGCCCGAGGUGUCCUCACAGCCCCACUCCCUCCUAUAGCAUCUUACGACAACAUUGGUCCCGUAUCGCGUACUCGCUCACUAUCCCCGAUCCCAUACGCAAGAUGAGUUAGUGCUACUUGUGUAUGAGGUCCACUAUUAUACGAAUAUCAACCCAGGGCCAACGGUCCGUAAAUGCAGUAUUGCGACAGCCGGGAGGGACCAUUAGCUUAAUUGACUACCGCUUCUGAAUCUAAAGAGUGGAAGACCGUCCGCAUUAUAUUGAGGCGCGUGCGAUCCUCUAG